AUGAUUUCACAGAUAUUUAUUUUGUCUGCUAGAGGAGAUAUUAUUAUCAAUCGUGAUUUUAGAUCUGAUUUAGUCAAAAAUACUCAUGAAGUUUUCUACAGAUAAGUUAAGUUGUCAAAAGGAGAUUGCCAACCUUUAUUCAACAUUGACGGAGUUAAUUUUAGCUAUUUGAAACGUGCUGGUUUAUAUAUAGUUGCUACUUCUCGCUUCGAUAACUCACCCUCUUUUAUUUUAGAAAUUUUAAAUAGAGUUUGCACUGUCAUUAAAGAUUUUUGUGGUGUUUUGAGCGAAGAAGCAAUCCGUAAGAAUUUUAUUUUGAUUUACGAAUUGUUAGAUGAGAUGAUCGAUUUUGGCUAUCCCCAACUUAUUUAAACUGAGUAAGUUAAACCUCAUAUCGCAAACGAGCCCAUAGUUAUCAAGAAGUAAACUCUUCCUACAACCACCACAGGAAGAUUAGGUUCUCUCUUUAAUUAAGGAACUGUUUCUUCUAUUGCCACCAAUCGUCCUGUAAAUUCAUAAUCUAAGAAGAAUGAAAUAUUCGUUGAUGUUUUUGAAAAAAUCAGUGUUCUUUUCAACGCUUCAGGAUAUGUUAUUAACUCCUCCAUAGAAGGAUGUAUUUAAAUGAAAUCUUAUCUUAAUGGAAAUCCUCCUUUGAAACUCGCCUUAAACGAAGACUUAGUUAUUGGUAAAGGUGAGAAUGGCAGAGUAGUCUUAGAUGAUUGCAAUUUCCAUGACUGUGUGAACACAAAUGAAUUCGAUUUAAGCAAAACUUUGAGAAUCUAACCUCCUGAUGGUGAGUUUGUUGUUAUGAAUUAUAGAGUUACUUCAGAAUUCUAAACACCUUUUAGAAUAUAUCCAGUUAUUGAAGAAAUAUCUAACUUCAAGCUCGAGUUGCAUUUAAAGGUUAAAGCAUGCUUCCCUAAAGAAAUAUUUGCAAGUUACGUUACUUUGACAUUCCCUAUGCCUAAAUUAGCAUCAAAUAUCACUAACGAAUUAGGAAAGAAUGCAUCAAAUUAAAGUGUUGAUAUUGAAAAUAAAGGAGAUGUUAAAAUGGUAAAGUGGAAUAUUAAAAAAUUCAUGGGUGACACUGAAUAAGUAUUAAUAACAAAAAUUACUCUCUAAUCAAGUGCUAAUUCAUACAGUGCUCGUAAAGAAAUUGGUCCCAUUAAUGUCAGCUUUGAAGUUCCUAUGUAUAAUGUAUCUAAUUUACAAAUUAGAUUCCUUCGUAUUGAUGACAAAGAAAAGAGUAAUCCAUUUAGAUGGGUCCGUUUCAUCACCUAGUCAUCUUCAUAUGUUUGUAGAACUUGA